UAUAACCUGAAUUCACUUUUACUUUAUUUGUACUUACCAACUGGCUUAUGACCAUUCAUAGCAAAGAAAAGAUUAAUUUCAUUUUCUACAUUCCAUUCUAUAUCAUCAGUAGAUUCUCCAGAUUUUUCUUUAACAGCCAUCAUAAAAAUACAAAUUAAAUUGUCAAUUUAUACUUCCCACUACUUUCCCUACACAACACGCCGUUGUCUAGUAUAAUAUAUAGUACUAUAGCGGGCACUGAAUAAAGCCUAUAAGAAAGGAAAUCGCUGUUGAAUUGAAAAUUCUAUAAUAAUAUUUAUAUUUCAUAAAAAUUAUUUUUGUUAUUAUUCAAACUUUAUAACGUUUUACAUUAUAAUUUUCAUGAAACUUUUAGACAUACAAGCAUUUGUGGCGCCCUGAAAAUAUUAAGAACUGAUUGGUUAUGAAUGUGUGAAUGUAUAAUAACAUGAGUGACAUUAAAACUCUCCUAUCGUUGCACGUGACAAAAUUGUUUAUAAAGUAUUAUUUGCUAAAAUAUUAGUUUGUCACACAUUUUAUUGUCACAUUUCUUGGUAAAACUUAUCUGUUUAUCAAAAAUCUUAAUGUGUUCUACAUUUUCCUUUUAAUUAACAUUAUUGAAAAUACUGUGUUAAUCAUACAUACAUAAAACGUAUUUAAAGAUUAUAAAUGUUAAGAGAAAGAAUAAAUAUAUAUAUUCAAAAGAAUAAUUGAUAUAUAUAUUCAACAAUAUGCAGAAAAAUAUAGACGACAUAUGUAAUGAUAUUGAUAAGCUUUUUUUACGUAAUUUGGAACUAAUUGAAGAAAAGGUUUCUACAAAUGUUCAAAUGGAAUUGCUAUUUCGUUCAGGACAUAUAGAAUUAGCUAAAGCAAGAUAUAUCUGUGGUAAAGAGAAUGUUAGUAUUCUACAAAUUCCUGUUCAUACAGAGAAUAUAUCAUCUUUAUUUAAAUUGGAAUCUAAGUUUAUAAAAGAAUCUGAGGAUACAAUAUCUUCUUUUGAUAUUAGUCUAAGGGAAGAAAAUGAAUUUGGAGAAAAUAUUCAAAAUCCUAUAAAAUGGUUUGGUGUGUUAGUUCCACAAAAUUUAAGAGCCGCUCAGAAACGUUUUCAAGAAUCAGUGUACCUUGCUACAAAAAUAGCAAACAUACAUUGUGAAUUGGAUUUUAUUUCAAAUAAAUUGAAAGGUUUAUAUCUUUUGAAAAGUGCACUUUGUAAACAAUCAGAAUAAUUCUGUUGAAAAUGUGUGGAUACAUUGUUUGAUAAUAUGUUUUAAUUAUAAUUUUAUUAAUAUACAAUCUAUUUUGUAUUAAUGUUUUAUAAUAAUAUUAACAAUGUAACUUUAAAAAACAGCAAGAAUGUUUUUAUUUAAUUUAAAUUGCAAAAAAUAUGUUAUAUUAUCUAUUGAGUGUUAGGUUUUUAUAUAUCUAUUAAAAUAUUUUACAUAUCUAUUUAUAUAUUAUUAUGUAUGUUUACCAAAUAUAUUUUAUUUGUUAUGAUUAGUUACAUAAUACAGCAUUAUAAAAGUAUCAGUAUUUAAAUCAAAUUUCAAAGAUGCUAUUAACAAAUUUUUUGCAUUAUAAGAAAAACGUUGCUUCUCUGAUUAUAUUUUUAAUAUAAAAUAAACAAAUUAAAACCAUCAAUAAGUGACUUAGUAAAUAGAAAAUUGUAUAUUACGAAAUGUGUUCUUUAUCAUAUUACAUCAAUUAUUUUUUUGGAUUUUCUUUUAUUAAGAAACUUUAAAAUGCAUAUAUUGAUCUCAUAUAUUGAUUAUUACUUAAUACGUUCCGUGCCAUGUGUACCACCGGUGGUACACGUUAAACUUGAUCUUCAGGCCACGUGUACCACCAGUGGUACACGCAGUCAUUUUUUUCUUUAGUUAAAAUAUCAAAUGGCCUGAACGACAAGUCAGGCAAAAAUGGCUUGGCACGGAACGUGUUAAUUUAUAUAAUUUAAACUAUAAUAAAUAAUUCAGUCGUCUAUUUCUGAUGGAUCUCCACCCAUUGCUUUCCAAAAAGCAGUAACUAAUUGUUCUGCUGCUAUACGUCUUUCAUUUGUAGGCAAAGAAGCUGCAUGUUCCUUCAUGGCCAUUAAUUGACUAAAUAAUUCACCAAAAUCUGCAUCUUCACCACCCAUAAGACCAUCUGUAAAGUAUUAAAUAAAUAUUCUAGUUUAAUUAUACUAUAAUUGUAGAGAUUAAUAACAUAUAGAUAUUACCAAGAACACUUUCCAUAUCAAGGUGUUCAGAUGGAUUCCGUGUCAAUUGAAUAUUUUCUAAUUUUUUUUCUACUUGAUUUAUAUCUGGUUCUGUUUCUUCAAUAUUAGAAGGUUUUCCUAUAAAAAGUACGUAUUUAAUUACAUUAUUAAAUUACAAUUAAUU